AUGUCUAAGAAACUAGCUGACGUUAAAGAGAUUCCAGCCUCAAUCUUGGGUAAAAAAUACCCUGCUAAGGAACAUAAUCUUAGAGUUAAAAAUCUGUUGUUAAAGACUAAUACUGAAUUAUCUUCAGAUACUACAGCUCUUUUUAUAACCGGCGAAAGAAUAGAGCCUUUGAAAUACUGUGAUGAACACAAGAAAUUUAGACAAAAUAGAUAUUUUUAUUAUUUAUCGGGUGUAAAUAUUCCAAGAGCUUCUAUCUUAUAUGAUUUUAAGACUGAAAAUUUAACUCUAUUCUUACCAAAUAUCGAUUGGGAUGAUGUUAUUUGGAGUGGUAUGCCACAGAGUAUCGAAAAUGCUCAAAAAGAAUACAAUGUCGAUGAAGUUGUCUAUUCUGACAAGAUUAUCGACAAAAUAAACAAUUUAAAAGGUUAUAAGAUUUUCACCACUGAUCUGGAUGAAGUAAUUGAGCCAAUUAAAAAUCAAUUAAUCCCAUCAAAUAAAGAUUUUUUUUAUGCCAUGGAUGAAAGUAGAUUAAUCAAAGAUUGGUAUGAAAUUGAAAUUUUAAGGAAAGCUGCUGAAAUUACUGACAAUUCUCAUUUAGGUGUUAUGUCAGCUUUACCAAUUGAAUUGAAUGAAUUGCAAAUUGAAGCUGAGUUUGCCUAUCAUGCUAAACGUCAAGGUGCUCACUCUAUGGGAUACGAUCCAGUUUGUUGUGCCGGACCAGCUUGUGGUACUUUACAUUAUGUUGAUAAUACUAAAAAAAUUGAAAAUAAAGCUUCAAUCUUAAUCGAUGCUGGUGCUGAAUGGAGAAACUAUACUACUGAUGUAACGAGAUGUUUUCCAACAUCGGGCAAGUUUACUAAAGAACAUCGUGAAAUUUAUGAAACAGUGUUAGACAUGCAAUCACAAGCUAUGGAAAAGAUUAAACCAGGUGCAUCUUGGGAAGAUUUACAUGUUUUAGCUCACAAAGUCUUAAUUAAACAUUUUCUUGAAUUAGGAAUCUUUAAGAAGGAAUAUUCCGAAGAAGAACUUUAUAAAAGAAAAGUUUCAUGUGGGUUUUAUCCUCAUGGUUUAGGCCAUCUGUUAGGUUUAGAUGUGCAUGAUGUUGCUGGUAAUGCUAAUUACGAAGAUCCUGAUCCUAUUUUUGUCUUUUUGAGAUUACGUCGUAAAUUACAAGAAGGUAUGGUAGUUACUAAUGAACCUGGGUGCUACUUUAAUGAAUAUUUAUUAAAAGAAUUUAUUGAAAAACAUCCUGAAAGAAAAGAAGCUAUCGAUUAUGAUGUUUUAAAGAAAUACAUGUACGUUGGCGGUGUUAGAAUCGAAGACAAUAUCUUGGUUACCAAGGAUGGUUAUGAAAAUCUAACAAAGAUUACAAGUGAUCCAGAUGAAAUCGAAAAAAUAGUUUCAAAUGGAUUAAAGAAGAGUCGCUCCGAUUUCCAUGUGAUUGUUUAA